UUUGGGACGGAAUUUCUCACGCGUAGAGAUGCUCUAUUUUUGAUAUCACGUAAGUCAGCUGCUGCCGUGUGCCCCGUGCCAUUACCACUCGUUUCCCGCCCACACUCUCUUCACAGUCGAGCAGCACUCUUCCGCUAGCUCUACUCGUACCACAUGAGUUUAACGGACUAUGCAUUGGUGCGCGCUAGAAGCGCUGCAGUUCUUCCACGUUCCUCAUCGCUCGAUAGAAGUUCAUCGCGACUUCUAGUGACUCGCAGUCACUCAGUUAGUGAUCUCAGCGGAUACAAUCGUUGGAGCGACAUAUACAAGCCACAAUGGCAUACUGUGUAUCAGUAUACACCAUACAGAUGGCGCCGUGAUUGGGAACUGUACGACGAUUACUGGUACGAUCGCUACUAUUACUACACUCCGCUCUACAAUCGCUAUAUCUCGCCAUAUAAGCGGUAUUAUUACUACAGUGAUCUCAUACCUAGUUCAUAUUACUGGACUCCAUACUCAAGUUACUGGCCUCGUUACAAGAGUUAUUGGUACGACUAUGACAGCCCUUACUAUUAUCGCCGUUACUAUGACCCGUAUUAUAGCGGAUACUCCGGCGAAACGUACUAUCCGUAUAGGUAUCGGACUUACACACCCUACAGAUCCUACCUAUUGGAUUCGCUGUCAACAUCUCUUGCCCGUGGGUUGAGCAUGUAUAAGGAAGGCCUUAUACCCUACCGAACGCUUCAAACUUACUGGCUGACUCCUGAAUACUGGGAUAGACGAUUCAAAGACUGGCAAGAACUUUACUACUCAAACAAGGACAUCUACCUGCCAACAACUCACGAUCGAAAGACUCGUUCAUACCUUGCUAGUUGGACUAGUUAGCUACUGUCAUUGACUUCAACUCCUCCCCGUGCAUUUUCUUUUUUUUUUACUCGAUCGAUGUUAGCGACUAUGGCACUAUAUUGGACCAUAAUCAUAAGAUAGAUGCUAUAUGUAGCUGAAUUGAAGCUCGCUUCAAACUUCUCUUGAGUGCCAUAAUCGCUAAGCUCUAGCGAUGGUGCUCGCUUUCAUACGAGUGUUAAAGUCUCUAUCCUCUCGAUUCUUACUGCUCUACUGCGACUUACAAUACUGCCAUUUUUGAAGCAUUUUUACGGGCGGAAUAGACUAGUGCCCGUUGUAGCAAAUGUUAUUCGGUGAAACGUAA